AUGAUGAGCGAAACAAAUGUGUUGGAUGAAGCUAAUAACGUAACACCAUCAGAAGCCAGUAAAAAUAAGAUUUUAAACCUAAUAAAAGGUAUUACUCUAAAUGAUAUUAUUGGUGAAGAAAUAGAUCAUAAUAAAGAAAAUAAUAUUACCGAGAGUGAUGAUGAUGAAGACGGAGAAUCUGAAGGAAUUACAGAAUUUUUAAGGGCAAUUGAAGAAGAAAGUAAAAACAAUUCAAAAUUAAUAGGAACAAGUUUAUCAGAUGAAUGUAGUGAUUUAGAAGUGUCGAUUAUAUCAGAAAUAUCAGAAUGUAGAAAUGAAAUGGAUGCAUUUGACAAUUGGCGAAGUUUGGGAGAGAAUAACGAAGUUGUGGACAUUCUAGAGGUCAAACAAGAUUCGAAUCAGUUGGAUCUUCAUCCGUCUUCUGCAAUUUCUAAAGAAUUGCCUUCAACCUCUGAGCAAAACAAUAAUUUAGAUGAUUUAAUGUCUAGCUCUGAUUCGUCUCCUAAACAAAAUAGAACCAGAGUAAUUGUCAAUUCACUCGUUAAAUACGAGUUAACUUCUGAUUAUAGCGAUGCUGAGAGAGUGCAUUAA